CUCAGCAGCUGGGAGUUGCCCCAGAACCUGGGAGGAGCGCCCCAGCUCCCCCCCCCCCCCAGCAUACUCACCCCGCACGCCCAGCCACCCACGCGCGCGCCUCCCUUCUGCCCCUCCCAAGGGCCUGCGGUGGGGACAGCAGCACCCAGAUUCAGCACCACGCUAUGAAGGCUCUGACGCCUUGGGCCCGGUACCUGCUCCUGGCUGUGGCCCACCUGCUGGCCCUGGGGCUCGGGGCCGUGGUGUUCCAGGCCCUGGAGGGGCCCCCGGCACGCCGCCUCCAGGCCCAGCUCCAGGCCGAGCUGGCCACUUUCCAGGCCGAGUACGGGGCCUGCUUGCCACCCGGAGCGCUGGAAAGGCUUCUGGGUACCAGCCUGCGAGCGCAGGCCCACGGAAUCUCCAGCCUGGCCAACGGCUCCGAGGCCAGCACCUGGGACCUUCCCUCGGCCCUGCUCUUCACCGCCAGUAUCCUCACCACCACCGGUUACGGCGGCAUGGCCCCGCUGUCGGCCGGGGGGAAGGCCUUCUGCGUGGCGUACGCGGCGCUGGGGCUGCCGGCCGCCUUGGUCCUCGCGGCGGCGCUGCGGCGCGCCCUGCCCGCUCCCUUGGGCGGCUUGGGGGUCCGGGUGGCGGCCCGCUGGCGCCUGGCACCCGCCCGGGCCGCGCUGCUCGGGGCCGCGGGGUUCGGGCUGCUGGCGGCCGCCGCCUUCCUGCUGCUGCCGGCGCUGCUGCUCUGGGCGGCCCGGGCGGACGGCAGCCUGCUGGAGGCCGUCUACUUCUGCUUCGGCUCCCUCAGCACCGUCGGCCUGGGGGACCUGCUGCCCGGCCGGGGCCGCGGCCUGCACCCCGUGCUUUACCACCUGGGCCAGUUCUCCCUUCUGGGCUACCUGCUGCUGGGGCUCCUGGCCAUGCUGCUCGCGGUGCAGAUCUUCUCGGAGCUGCCACAAGUCCGCGCCACCGUGAAGUUCUUUGGGUGCGGUGGCCCUGCCACGGCCGAAGACCAGCGUGGCAUCCUGGGCCGAGAGGGGCUGGACCUGAGCACCCUGCCUCCCUCCAGCCCACCUCCGAGCACACCCCGGCUCCCUGACCAGGGUCACGUGACCACCAUGCCCACCUCCCAGCUCACUGACCAGCGUCAUGUGACCACCACGCCCACCCCAGAACAGACCACAGCUCCCUGA